AUGGCAGGUCCAACAGUCCCGGUUGUACAACUUCAAGCCCAGUACGACCUGGAGAGAGGUCGAGGUUGGCGGAGGGCUAUUGGGAUGUCAAAGACAUCGAGGCCCUGGUCUGCGAGGUUCUGGUUUGCCGGGUCAAGGCGAGGGUCGAGAUGGUGGCGUCCUGUCGGGGUUAGUAUUGUGUCGAGGCCCGUUGUCGUCGAAGAGGUACAUGCGAGCGGGCGGGGAGGAGGCCCUUCGAUGCAGAAGCUCCAGCAGAGGGGGAUGAGGAUGAAGCAGGAAGAGUGCGGACGACGUGAAGAUAAAAGGGCAGGGCGGAGCGGGAGAGAAGAGAAGAGCUGGGAAGCUGGUUGGGUUUGGUGGAUUGUGGGCCGGGCAGCUGUGUUGUCGGGGAGAUUCCUAGGUCGGUCGCUACAGCUGCUGUCCUGGUUGUCGCCCGGGCAUUUUAGCGCAGCGUUUGAGCGGGGAUAUGCCUCCAGCGACGGCAGGGGAGGAGGACCAAAAACCUUGCUGCGUGCAAAGGGCGAGCGAUGCUGA